CCAAUGAUGGCCCUUGUCCCAGAAUGCAUUGCAUCACAAACUGCGCGCGCGAACCGGUGUGAAUUAAACAACUGCAGUUAGGGAACUGCGCAAUUUAAAUCUCACAGCCACAAGAAGUGAAUCUAAAGAGACUAGUAAUGACCACAACCAACAAGUGUUCAGCUCUUCAAGAUGUCGUUGCCUAUGUUGAUGUGUGGUCAUCAGACAAAACGGCAAACUAUUCGAAACCAUUCGUUCAGCAGCUGCAAGAAAUGGGAGCCCAGGUAUCAAAAACAUUCAGUAAACAAGUCACACAUGUAGUCUUUAACAAUGGUCACCCGGCUACAUGGAGGAAUGCCAAGAAAAGUGGUGUGAGGCUUGUCUCUGUUCUCUGGGUAGGCAGAUGUUACGAUGACGGUGUGUGUGUGGAUGAAGACUUGUAUCCAGCCUUUAAUGAUGAAAGCAAUCCUUUGUUGAAGAACAAGAAACAUCGUUGCAUGCAGCCAAAAGAUUCUCCAGAGAGGACACCUGAAAACGACAGACGCAUGAGGAAAAAGUUAGACAAGUUGAUGAAAGACCUAGCUCCAAAACAACCUCUGGUUACAGAUGUGUCACCCAUCUUUAUUGAUGAAGAGAAUGGAAUAGUCUAUAGCCCUGCGUUAAAAAGAUCAGAUUAUAUGGCACAGCGUUUGAAAGACAUGAAAGAGAAACGGGAAAACCUCUCACUUACAGCUUCUCAAAUGGUUGAAUCCUGCUCACCCACUGGGCUGAAGCCUUCUCUUGGGAGCACACCACCCGUCUUCAAAUUAAUGUAUGACCAGUCGGAUGAUGAAUCCAGUGCUUCUGUUGCUGCACCUGUUUACUCACCUGAUAAAGAAGAAGAGAGAACACAAGUUGAUGCUACUGACCAUGACCAUCUUGAACGCCACAGGAAAGGCUCCAAAAAGCCAUGGCUCUCACCCUGCCAUGAUGUGCCAAAAAGGAUUUCAAGCUCCGUGAAAUUUCCUGACUUAAACGACAAAGAGGACGAUGAAGGGAAUAAACAAAAAGAUUCAAUAGGGACCUCAGUCAGAAAAAAGCCAGCAGAGAAACACAAAAGUCCUUGCCAGGAUAGGAGAUCUGACAACAGCAAAAACUUUCAUAAAGAAAAAAGGCGAUCACAAAUAAAAUCAUCUAGUCCAUCACCUAACAAAUCUGAAAAGGGAAUGCGAAAAAUGAAAGGAGUUAAAUCGUUUACAGAGACUAAGACCCAUUUUUGUUCAGAAGCUGCAUCUAGUGGCCUCUCGUCACCAGCCAGAUUAGUUGAUGCUGCAGUUGAACUGUCAAAAGAAACCGCUACCCCAUUGCAGAAAAUACCAAAACGAGCCAGAGCAUCCAUUUCUGCCUUGGUACGAUCUUUCACUCUAUCUGGUGGCCCUAAAACUGUUGCCUCAGGUUCCACUGAUGGAGAUGAUGUGUUUGAGGACUUUUUCUCCCCAGCUAACCACCACCAGAGAUUACCUUUGCCUAAUCUACCCAUGAAGAGAGACAUUCAGAUUCCUUUUGAGUUAGACUCUGUCCCAAAGAAGAGAAAACAAAGGAGUAGUGAAAGCGUUGUAUCUGAAACUAACCGUAAAAAGAAGAGGAAACUGGGAACAAGUCAGCAGUCUGAUGCAAGCAGUGAGCCUCAAAGUCAUCCACAACAGGAUGUUAAAGAAUCUCUGCCUGCAUUGGAGAGUCCAAGUGGCGAUGUAACACUAGUGGUAAAAAGGCAAAGACAAAGCACCUUGCCAUUUACAAGCACCAGAACAACUACAAGUGAUACAGUGAAGCAGAGAAGAACAUCUACAUCAGUACAACCAACAAUGUUCACUAACACAAUAUCAGAGCUGCAGAAAAACUCUGAUGUCAAUGUCCCUUCUCAUACCUUAGAAAGUAGGGGAAAUGCACAUACAGCUGCAGCUGUUUUAACAGAGAUCCCCUCUGAAGGCGAAGAAGAAAAUCACAAUAAGCAAGUCAGCUUGAGUCUUCAGAACAUGGUUAACAAAACAAAGGCUAUGAGAACAUUGGUCAUGACAAGCAUGCCCACUGAGAAGCAGCACACAUUGGCUCAGGUGGUGACGGCACUGGGUGGUUUUUCAAUCGUUGACCGAGUUUGUGAGAGCACAACUCAUGUGGUGUCUGGGGGUCAGCGGCGGACUCUCAAUAUUCUGUUGGGCAUAGCUCGUGGCUGCUGGAUCCUGUCUUUUGAAUGGAUCCUCUGGUGUUUGGAGCAAAGGCAGUGGAUUCCAGAGGAACCGUAUGAACUUUCAGACCAAUUUCCUGCAGCACAGCACUUUGUCCUGUCCCCAGACAAAGGCAGAAACUUAAAACUAGUUCUGCAGACUCCUUUUAUUACCUCUCAGUGGAAGGAGGAGAAAAAGGCAUCAGGAGUUAGAGAUUUGUCGUCUCCAGAGGCACCUGUCUGCCGGGGAGCACCAGCAGGACCUGUUCCAAGGCCAGCCAGCCAUGUUUGUAUCCCAUCACUCCCAGCCACCCACUCAGAGUCUGGUGGAGCUGAUCCAGCUCUGUGGAGGAACAGUCUGCAAAACUGUGCGACAGGCUGGUAUCUGCAUCGGGAAGUACAGCGGCAGGAGACCAGAGGGAAGCAGGAUCCUGUCUGAGCAGUGGGUGCUGGAUAGUAUCACACAUUUGAAGCGGCUGUCAUAUGAUAACUACGACUUGAGUUGAAAUUUAUGUUGUGCCUGGUCACAUAAACUCAGUUUCUACCUUACAGUGUUCCUCUUGUGCAGGUUUAUCAUCCUGCUUGUAUUCAGGGGCUUUAUAUAAAUCCUCUGAAAUAUUCAGUUUUGAAAGACUUUAGUCCCCGGUUACCAUGGAAACAUGUUACCGCUGAGAACUAGCAAUCAUUCAACAGCGCCCUAAGUUACUGUGAAACAUGGAAAACUGCUUUUACAUAAUGCAUGUUGAGACUUUAUUAUUUGCAUUUUUUCCUAUAAAUUAGUAUGUAAUCAACAAGGCAGAGAGUGAGCCUUAGGAUUGGUUUUUAUUCAUAACGCUGUGAUUUUAAAAAUACUUUCUGAGCCAGUUUAACACUCUUAUGGAGAUAACACAUUGUAUCCUUACAGAAAUGUUUUGUGAUGUCAUUUUUAAUAAAUACUUUUUUUAAUU